AUGAGUGUUGAGGUUCCAGAAAGCCCUGCGUCUCUCUGCGAGGAGUACGAGUACAUCGUCGUCGGUUCGGGUCCGGGAGGCGGACCCGUCGCCGCCAACCUCGCCCGUCAAGGACACAAAGUCCUGCUACUCGAAGCGGGUGACGACCAGGGUCAGAACCUCCACGCGAAGAUCCCUACAUUCUUCCCCGCCUUCGAAGAAGAUGCCGCUGAGCGCUGGGACUAUUUCGUCAAGCAUUAUGACGACCCGGAGCAGGCUGCCAAGGAUCCCAAGAUGACAUGGGAGACACCUGACGGUAGCAUCUUCGUCGGCAUUAACCCUCCUGCUGGUUCCAAGCAGCUCGGGAUUUACUAUCCUCGUGCCGGAACACUCGGCGGCUGUGCAGCCCACAACGCGCUCGCCGGUGUCUUACCGCCUGCUUCGGACUGGGACUAUAUCGCCAAACUUACCGGCGACAAGUCCUGGGAGUACGGCAAUAUUCGUCCCUUGUUCGAACGACUUGAACGCUGCGGCUAUUUGCCUCCGGGCACCCCAGGCCACGGGUUUCACGGAUACGUCGAGACCAAUCUCGCCCACUCUUCGACUAUCACGGCCGCUAAGCCCGUCAUCGACAGUGCGCUCAAUGUUCAGGGAUCAUCCGAGGGCCUGCUCGACGACAUCAACCCUCUUUUCCCUUCGGAAAAGGAGGGCGUCUACCGGCCGGCCAUGACCAUGACGAAAAAUGGUCGCCGAUCCAGUGCAAGAGACUAUCUCGUGGCAACUUCGAAUGCCAAAGACGCCCAUGGUAGGAAAAGGUAUCCCCUGACCAUCAGCACCCAUAGCCUCGCCACCCGUGUCAUUUUCAAAAAAGCAAAUCACGGCCAAAAGCCCAAGGCCAUUGGUGUGGAGUUUCUCCAAGGAAGGAGCCUCUACAAGGCUGAUCCGAGGUCCAACCCAAAGAUCGCUGGAGUCAAAAAGGCCAUCUAUGCAUCGAAAGAGGUGAUUAUAGCAGGUGGUGUUUUCAAUUCCCCGCAGCUGCUUCAGCUAAGCGGCAUUGGUCCCAAAGAUGACCUCCAGAAAGUUGGGAUCGAGGUUCUGGUGGAUCUGCCAGGCGUUGGCACCAAUCUGCAGGACAAUUAUGAAUUCGGUGUCGUUGGCACGACUAAAACAUCAUUUUCGCCGCUUGCCAAAGGGACAGGUCUCACGGCUGGUGAUCCCCUAUUCAAGGAAUGGAUCGAGUCCAAGUCAGGAGGCCCUUAUGCCAGCAACUUAGUCGCCACGGGCGUGUUCCACUCGAGCAGCGUUGCCGAGACCCACCGUCCAGAUACCCUGAUCUUCGGCGGUGCGUUCCCAUUCACUGGGUAUUUCCCUGGCUUCUCUACAGCUACAGGGAGCGGCCCAGCUUGGACAUGGGAUGUUCUGAAGAUUGGCUCCCGGAACACAGCUGGAACAGUCAAACUCAGGUCCAAGGAUCCUCGCGAUGUGCCUGAUAUCGAUUUCCACUUUUUCAAGGAAGGCGGCGCGGAAGACCUGAAGGCCAUGUACGAGGGUGUUGAGCUCGCCCGAAAGAUCAAUAAAGGUGUCGAGGGCUUUUCCGAGACCAUCCCCGGGCCGGAUGCCACUACAGAGGAACAGAUCGAGACACGCAUCAAGGGUGAGGCCUUCGGUCACCACGCCUGCUGUACCGUUGCUAUUGGUGCAGACGACGACGCCAUGGCGUGCCUGGACUCCAAGUUCCGUGUCCGUGGUGUGGACGGUCUCAGAGUCGUCGAUGCCUCUUCUUUCCCCCGUGUCCCAGGUUCUUUCCCGACCUUGGCCAUAUACAUCCUAGCAGAGAAGGCAACGGACUUGAUUCUGGCUGAAGCGAGCAAUCAUGGCGAUGACAAGGUUUUGGAGGGCAUUCGUGAGCUAGAAGUGCUUGAGGAGGACAGACACAACAACUCCAUAGUCUUCGAGCAGGCCAAGCAAGAGCACAAUGGGUAG